AUGAUAUAUUUGAAGACAUUAUUAAACGUUAUAGACAACUCGGGAGCUCAGGUCGCUGAAUGUAUUAAAGUUUUACGUCACGGGCCUAGAAAUUUCGCUAAAGUUGGUGAUGAAAUAACAGUAGUCGUUAAACAAGCCAGAUCGAUGAACAAAGAAAUAACAGGCCAAUCUGCAAAUAACAGAGUGAAAAGAAGAGACAUAUGCCGUGCUAUAGUUGUUAGAACGAAAUCACCUUUCAUUAGACCGGAUGGUUCAACGGUGAGAUUCGAUGAUAAUGCCUGUGUCUUGAUCAACAAGAAUGGUGAUCCAUUAGGAACCAGAGUUUCUUCUGUCGUUGCCAAAGAAUUGAGAGAGUUGCAAUACAAUAAGAUUGUGUCAUUGGCCCCAAAAACCUUUUAG